UCCAGAUGAAUGGUCGGGAGCUGCCCGGGCCUUGCCGACAGCGGCGAUGUGCACCGCUUGCUCCUCCAAAAUGACGGACGCUGCGUUAGGUUUGGAGACCAGCCGCUUGGUAUUGUAGUCCGACAAACGCCCACCGGAGGCCUGACGAAGCUGACCGGCCCACCCCUGAGAAUUCGCGGUGGCGUUGAUGUGCCGACAGGGCCGGAGGUGGAGCCGCCGAAGGAGUGGAGGAGGAGGUUGACACGGCAGCCACGACAUUGGGAAUAGCAGAGCAAGUUCCCUCGGCAACGUGUCCGGUCAUGCCAAAUCAAGACACCUCACCCUGGCUUCAUGGCACCACCUCCAAGCCCGGAGGGAAUGCGGGCGGCCCAGGCUAGGUUCAUGGCCGCAGCUUUGUCCCAGUACUCCCUGGUACUCCCAUGGCAUCCAGGGUAAAUGCAUCGAACGGAAGCAACAGCUUUACUGAAACGCGCAGGUCAGCCGCUCCCCAGGGGGAUGGAAGCCCGGGGACGGUGUUCCACCACGGCAGCGGAGCUUGUAGGCUUCUCGAACCCCGGUGGAGGGGAGGAAGAGCCCUGAGUCUGGACGCCGGGCUUGCUGGAAGCUGGUCAACCGUUGGCGGCAGCCUCACGGCCUAAAAUGGCGUUCAUGGACCAUGAAAACAGAAUUGAAGCACCCUUCGUUUGUUGGUCGCUGUAGGAGGGCAUAGAGAGGAUCUUGCUGAGCAAAAAAAGGAUCAAAGGCUCAUCACAGAGCCUCAUCUCAUCCUCUUGACUCUCGUACUCAAGGCCAAACCAAAGCUCUGUGGCAUUUCAUCUAAGAGAACAUUCUGCUGCCUUCGUAGGCUGUUGGAUAGCCAACAGGGAACAAAUUCUUGCUGAACUGUACAAGUUUUCUCUUUCUCUUUUUUUUUUUUUUUUUUUUUUUUUUUUUUUUUGCUGCAUGGAAUCCUUUUCCUACAAUCUUUGGUUUUUGGGUCCUCUGAAUCCGAGCAGCUGCAUGGAAUCCUUUCUAGGAGUAGCAGAUUUGUGUUCAACGUAACAGAGCUUAAUUUAGGGGACUGAAUAGCCUAGCCUAAUUGAGUGCCAAACUCCAGUGCUGCUGAGAGGAGCGUGCUGUUUUUGGGUCCUCUGAAUCCGAGCAGCUGCUGCUCGUAGAAAGCCUGUGGAUCUCAAAUCUUGGGUUUGUGUAGUUUCCUGGAGUCCAACAUUAUGUAGUUGAAUGGUUGCGUAGCUUUAGAAUCUUCCCUGGUAUCUUAGUGAGACUGGAAGGUCUUAGCAUAUAAUUCUCCUGCAGCCGUCGAGAAAAAACUAUUCCAUGAGAUGUUAUAAUAAAAAAGCAAAAUUUCCUCCACUUUGAAUGGUUUUCUUAUUCGUUAGCCUCAAGAGGAUCAAACUCACGAUGUCCUACAUCAUUUUUUUUUUUUGAAGCAGCAUCAUCAUAACUCUGUCUUCGGAUUCAAACUAUGGCUUAGAUAUUCUGUAGCAUCCAUUCGGAAUGGAGCGAGGAGAUUUUGACCCCUAAUGUCUGCUCUUUUUGCCCUUCUUUCUGCUCUGGUUCAUUAGCAGGGUGGUAGAGAGGGGAUGAUGCUACACCUUGCUUUCCUGAUAUCCUGAGUUUUGAUGUGGCUUUGUCUAUGAGGGUUCUGCUGUGGAAUUGCUUUUGCUUUCUUCGUUAGGACUGUAAGUGGUAUAUUGCCUUCUAUUGUCCGUGUUUUGAUCUUCGAUGAGGCUUGACCUGCCCAAACUUAUGCAUGCACAUAGGAAAUGUGAGGUACUCAAGGUUUGGCGCAAGAAAGAAAAAAUUCAAGAGAUCUCAAUGUAGUACCUUGAGUACUCAAGGUACUCAAGGUUUUUUUUCUCCAUUUAGCUCUGUUUUUUAUUCUAGAGAUCUUUGGUUGUCUUGUUAGCUUACUGUUCUUUUAGUCAAAUUUGCUUGUAUUACAAAGAAAGACCUAUAAAUGAAUGAAGAAUUGACAAAUUCACUCACUUUGUUUUUGUUGUGUCUUUCUUUUAGCUUUCUUGAUUAAGAAAAUUACCUUGAUUAUUAUCAUAAGCAAAAGCAACUUAUGACAGUUGGUUCCCUCCAAAUGAUUAAUGCCAAUCUGAUGUCUAAGAUCAUGUUUUAUUGUUUAUUAAGCUCAUUUCGUGCAAGUACUAGUAGAUACGUCAUUGUAAGGGGACAAAUCUUGAGAUAGACCCAUGUACCAAAUAUUAACAUUUAUUUACAAUAUACUGAAAUGAAGACUUAUGCAAAAAUACCUUAUCAGAUCAUCCAAUUUAUUAGAUGGUCUGAUUGUUACACCCAUCAAGUGUUCAGAUGAUACAUAUAAUCUUAUUAGAACCAAACCCUAAUUUUAUAUGUCAAAUCCUCUGAAUUAUGUGUGAAAUAUUCUGGUUAUUAUGUACAGAUCUGCUAUGUCACCCUUAUGUCUUGGUCAUGUUUUCCGAAUCAUAUAUAUUACUAGUUAUUGUGUCUUUUAAGCAAAGUUAAAUUCCUCUUGUCUCACCACCUUCCUAGUCUAACUAGUUAACAUGCCAUGGGAAAGCCACUGAUAUCACACCACCUCCAUCUAACAACCAACUUUUCAUUGGUCAUUUGAUUCACACUGGCUCUUGAUGGGUUGGUAUUAGAACUAAACCCUAAUUUUAUAUGUCAUCUCCUCUGAACUAUAUGUGAAAUAUUCUGGUUAUUAUGUAACAAUCUGCUAUGUUGCCCUUAUAUCUUGGUCAUGUUUUUCGAAUCAUAUAUAUCACUAGUUAUUGCGGUCUUGUUAGCAAAGCUAAAUUCCUCUUGUCUCACCACCUUCCUAGUUUAACUAGUCAACAUGCCAUGGGAAAGCCACUGAUAAUGGCACCACCUCCAUCUAAGACCCAACUUUUCAUGGGUCAUUUGAUUCACACUGUCUCUUGAUGAGUUGGAUGAUACCAAGCUUUCCUUCUCCCCUAUGAGAAGGAAUCCAAGGAAAAAGAAGCAAAGGUGAAGCUAAGACAGAGAUGGGAGCAUCUUUACAAAUUAUCAAGCCUGUAACAAUGGGAAGGUCAGGAGGUCUGAUCAUCUGCCUUCUGAUUUUGAGCACAGAUGUAGUGGCCGGUAUACUCGGAAUCGAAGCUGAGAUAGCUCAAAACAAGGGGAAGCACCUGCGGGUGUUCCUCCUUGAGUGCAAAGAGCCAGUCCAUCAGGCUUACAACCUUGGACUUGCAGCAGCUGUGCUCCUGGCAUUUGCUCAUGCCAUUGCAAAUGUACUUGGUGGAUGCAUGUGUAUCUGCUCCAGGGAUGAGUUUCUCAGAUCUUCUGCUAACAAGCAAAUGGCUGCAGGAACCCUGAUUCUAUCAUGGAUCAUCGUCAUUGUUGGAUUUGCAAUGUUGAUCAUAGGAGCGAUAUCGAACGCCAAGUCAAGAGUUUCUUGCAGCCUUCUUCAUCACCAUUUCCUUUCAAUUGGAGGGAUCUUGUGCUUCGUUCAUGGACUAUUUUGUGUAUCUUAUUAUGUCUCUGCUGAUGCAGCCAAGCGAGAAUAGGAAAAAGAUGUACAGGAACAACAGUUCUCACCGGCAUCCAUUCAUGAUCACCUGCUGUCCAAGAUCAGAAAGAAACUGCUAGUGUAAUGAAGUAGACCAGAUUUCCAAGCGUGUUUUGUCUCAACAUUUUAAUUUUGUAUGAAACAAGAAGCUAGGCUAACUUCCAAAAAAAAGAACAAUUCUCACAAAUAUAUACUAAGGUUUGUUCACUCACACUUUGGUAUGGAUAUUUUAUGUAUGAGCUUUUGUUGCA